AUGACUUCGAUUUUUACGGAGAAGUUGUCAACUGUCGUGGAGCCUGAGGAGGUGUUGCAGAUGAGGGUUGACUAUAACGGGAGGAGCAAGGAGAUGCUGAUCAGAUGGUACCAACCCCCUCUUCUAGUAGGCAGCUUGAACGUCUCUCUUGACCUCUGUGCUGCUCUUACCGGGCCCUCUGCCGCCAGUGGAAGCAGCAGUGGUGGCGGCAGUGGUAGCGGCAGCAGCAGCAGCAGCAGCAGCAGCAGCGGUGACAGCAGUGCAACGGACUUAUGGUCGCCAUCCUUCGGGCAGCUGUUCGUUGGGUUCACCAGCGCUGCUCUCCCUCCCCCCUCUGGCCGCCUGCCUUCCCCCGUCGCCCUCUCCUCCUGGACCUUCCGAUUCACAGGUAGGGGGUGGGGGAAUGGGGCGAGAUGGGGGGAAGGGAAAGAGGGGAGGGGUAGCAAGCCAGGAUUUAGGGGGGGAGAGGAAGGGGGCGAGAUGGGGGGGAGGGAAGGGGGCGAGACGGAGAGAGUGAAAGAGGGCGAGAUAGGGGGAGGGGAAGGGGGUGAGAUGGGGGAACGGAAAGAGGGCGAGAUGGGGGAAGGGAAAGAGGGCGAGAUAGGGAGGGAGAAAGUGAGAAGGGACACCAACCCCUGCAAGGCCUCGCCAGUGCUCCCGUGUGGCAUGGGUGCGUGCACCACCAAAGCACAUCUCCCAUGGGACCUGUCUAUUUCUGUGCCCUCCCGCCCUCACUCGCUCUUCUUGCUCUCCAUCUGCCUCCUCCUCAUCACCUUACCCAACAGCAGGCACCGAUCCCUGCGAGGUCCUUCAGUGCUCCCCUGUGGCAUGGGCAUGUGCACCAAGGCAAUUGCCCAGUGGGACCCGUCUCUCCUCCUGCCUCACACCCUUGCUUGCUCUCCUUCCGCCUCCUUCUCAUCACCUUACCCAACAGACACCGACCCCUGCAAGGGUUCUCCAGUGCUCCCCUGUGGCACGGGUGCAUGCACCAAGGCACGUGCCCCGUGGGACCCGUCUAUCCUCGUGCCCUCCUGCAAGUGCCCCUUCAAUCUCCCCUCCUUCCAACCCUCCCACCUCUCCGGCCUACCCUCCUGCUUCCCUGGUGAGACGUGGAGUGCGGUGGGCAAGUGCCCUUUGAAGCUCCCCUCCUUCCAACCCUCCCACCUCGCCGGCCUGCCCUCUUGCUUCCCUGGUGAGCCGUGGACUGAGGUAGAUUCCUUCACGUGUCGCCAGUUCCCCCGCAACCCAUGUGCCCCGGGGGUGUGCAUUGAUGACGUAGACGGCACCUACUCCUGCCUCUGCCCCUCGCCCUACUUCCCCUUCUAUCUCUACCCCAAAGGCGCUGCCCGCUGUUACCACUUGCGAUUGGCUGAGACUCGAAUGCCCACCUUCCUGUCGCCCUACGGCCUCACAUGCCCUCUCAUCCUCAACACCUACGGGCUCACACAAAAGGACUUCUUCAGCCAAAACAAGGGUGACACGUGUGACUCACUCAACGCCCUCUUCUCCUCGCAGAUACUGCCGCUCAACCCUGCCCUCACCUGCUCUGAUGGGCCCAGACCCGGCCAGCUCCUCUGUGUAUCCCUCAACCAGACGUGGCUAGAAGAGGGAAUGACCCGCAUAUCAUGCAAGCUCCAGGCCCAAAUCACCCCAGCCAUGACACCAACCCCGCCCUCAACCUCACCCAGCCCUCAACCACCCCCUCCUCCUCCGCCUGUAGCCAACUACACGAGCCUAGGUGUGCCCGUGACUGUGCUGCAGGGCCCGCAGACCUGCCAGCAGCUGUGGCGGGCGUUUGCCAUCGCCUCCCCCACGCGCUUCUUCCAGAUGAAUCCCGGCCUCUCGUGCGACUCGCUGCUGCCACACAGCCCCCUGCAGGGCAACAUGAUGAGAAGGACCCUGGUUGAAGACAGAGAGGCGAGCAAGGCAAGCGUUCGACAGCUAGAGGAUGACCUAGCGCGAGAGAGGGUUGCAAGGGAGGAUAAGGAGAUGGAGGUGCAUGCGUUGUCAGCGCGCCUGGCGCUUGCAGAGGAAGCGCUGGCUCAGCGGAAGGAGGCGAUGCGGAAGGUCUGGGAGGCAAUUCCGGAAGCCGUUCGUCAUCUUCCCUCAGAGGAGGACAUGCAGAUCAUCAGUCUCCACCCUGAAACCACCGAAAUCACGCUCAAUGACCCUUCUCACCUGACACUCUUCGGUUUCCUGCGUCUCUCCUGCAUGCGAUCCCUCAAGAGCAUCUCCGUUAUUGGAAAUCUCGAAAAGCCUGCUCUGCUGCACCUCUACUCCAUGACAUGGCUGGAAGAGCUGAGACUGGAAUCGCAGUCUGGAGAGGGGGAACCAGGGGCGGAUGGGGUGGAAAGCAAGCAGGAGAGGGGGAACCAGGGGUGGAUGGGGUGGAAAGCAAGCAGGAGAGGGGGAACCAGAGGCGGAUGGGGUGGAAAGCAAGCAGGAGAGAGGGAACCAGGGGCGGAUGGGGUGGAAAGCAAGCAGGAGAGAGGGAACCAGGGGCGGAUGGGGUGGAAAGCAAGCAGGAGAGAGGGAACCAGGGGCGGAUGGGGUGGAAAGCAAGCAGGAGAGGGGGAACCAGGGGCGGAUGGGGUGGAAAGCAAGCAGGAGAGGGGGAACCAGGGGCGGAUGGGGUGGAAAGCAAGCAGGAGAGGGGGAACCAGGGGUGGAUGGGGUGGAAAGCAAGCAGGAGAGGGGAAUGCACCUGCAAGACUUGCGUGUUGA